GCUGCUGCGGGGGCGGGAGAAGGGGAGAGUCAAGCGAUUCCCUCCCGCUUCGUCUUGUGCUGGGCAAAGCACCGGAGGCAGCCCGUGAGGGGGUGGUGACUGAGGAGGGCGCUCUGGGCCCUGCCCUAUGUCAGUCUGUGCCGCAUGUGCCCCUCUGCAGCAGGGCCAGCCCUAAGGACACGUCGGCUGCCAAUCUGUCGCCUCUGUGCUUGGGCCCCGCACUGGACGCCGGCGGUGUUCAAGAAGGCAUCGGAAGCCGGAGCGGCGGGUCUUCCCCCAGAUCUCUUCGAUGCCGGCGAAUCUUUCUCCAAACGAUCUCGGGAGUUUCCCACUUGGAGGGCGCGAGGGAGCAAAGGUGGCGGGAAGGAUUAUGUGGAACCAGACAACUGUCAAUUGAAAUGAACCACCCGGAAGUGGAGAAAAAGACUCAAGAAGGAUCAGGCUCAGGGAGGCAGGAGGAAAGCCAAAGAGAUUGCCAAGAAAUUCCAGCCCAACAAGAAGAUCACCAAAGAAAAGGAAUAAAGGGGGGAAAGGCCCGUGAAUGGGAAACCAGACAGCUGUAAAGCAAGCCUCAAUACACACUGCAGAGCCCAAAUGGAGGAGCAGCGAAAUACAUUUCUGGAGCAUGGAAAUAGCUUCAGUCGGAGCUCACAGUUGCUCUCCCAUCAGUGUACCAAGGAAGAGGAGAAUGCUGGACAUGGAGAUGGAUCAAAUAUUGAGGACAGAAAGCAAAUGGACACUUGCAGGGAUGAAUCUGAUGCUUGUCAGAGUGGAGAGUUCCGCCUCAUCCCAAUCAUACGCCUCAUCCGAAUCGUACUGGAAGAAUGGAGUGGAAAGAGACAGAAAAAGCAUCCUCUACAGGGAGAGACUGUCAGUAGUAGUUCAAGCCUUAAGACAGAUCCAAGCAUAUGCACAGGGGAGAGAGUGUACAAAUGUUUAGAGUGUGGGAAAAGAUUCACGUCCAAAGAUUCACUUGCUGUGCACCAGAGAACCCACAGAGGGGAGAAACGCUUAAAGUGCCGGGAGUGUGGGAAAAGAUUCAGACAGAGGGCCAACCUUGUGUGGCAUCAAAGAAUGCACACCGGGGAGAAGCCAUUUAAAUGCUUGGAAUGUGGAAAGAGCUUCCAUUUUAAAGCACACCUAAUUUGCCAUAAAAGGGUUCACACAGGAGAGAAACCGUAUACAUGCUCAGGGUGGGGAAAGAAUUUCAGUCAGCUAUCCAACCUAACCACACACCAAAGAACACACUCAAGUGAAAGACCAUAUAAAUGCUUGGAGUGCGGAAAGAGCUUUAAGCAUGGUGCACAUCUUACUACCCAUCUAAGAAUUCACACAGGUGAGAAACUAUUUAAAUGCACAGAGUGUGGGAAGAGUUUCACUCAGAGCUCAACUCUUACUUCACAUCAAAGAAUCCAUACAGGGGAGAAGCCACAUGCCUGUGUGGAGUGUGGAAAGAGCUUUUUCACUAAAUCUAGCCUUAAGGAACAUGAAAGGAUUCAUACAAGGGAGAAGCCAUUAAAAUGUCUGAAGUGUGGAAAGAGCUUCAGACACCUCUCAGCCUUGACUUCUCAUCAAAGAAUCCACACAGGAGUGAAGCCAUUUAAAUGCCAGGUGUGUGGAAAGAGCUUCAGUCGUAGUGACCAUCUUCGUACCCACCAAAGAAUCCAUACAGGAGAGAAACCUUUUAAAUGUAUGGAGUGUGGAAAGAGCUUCACAAGAGGUACACAGCUUUCUACCCAUCAAAGAAUCCACACAGGAGAGAAGCCAUUUAAAUGCUCAGAGUGUGGGAAGAACUUCACGGAGUGGUCAGCCCUCAAUUCACAUGAAAAAAUCCACAAAGGAGAACGACUAUUUAAAUGUGAGGAAUGUGGAAAAAGCUUUAAGCAUAAAACAUGCCUUUCUGUCCAUAAUAGAACCCACACAGGAGAGAAACCAUUUCAAUGCCAGGAGUGUGGAAAGAGCUUUAGUCAGAGUUCUGCUCUUACUACCCAUUAUAAGAUCCACACAGGAGAAAAACCAUUUAAAUGUAUGGAGUGUGGGAAGAGCUUCAGUGGCAGCUCAAUCCUUACUUCUCAUCAAAGAAUCCACACAGGAGAGAAGCCAUUUAAAUGCUCAGAGUGUGGAAAGAGCUUCACUCAGUGGUCAACCCUCAAUUCACAUGAAAAAACCCACAAAGGAGAGAGACUGUUUAAAUGCGAGGAAUGUGGGAAAUGCUUCCCACAUAAAAGACACCUUUCUUCCCAUAUUAUAACCCACACGGGAGAGAAACCAUUUCAAUGCCUGGAGUGUGGUAAGAGCUUCAGUCGGAAAGAUAGCCUUAAAAAACAUCACAGAAUCCAUACAGGAGAGAAACCAUAUAAUUGCCUUGAGUGUGGGAAGAGCUUCAUAAGCAACUCAGCCCUUACUAAUCAUCAGAAAAUCCACAGAGGAGAGAAACCAUAUAAAUGCCAGGAAUGUGGAAAGAGCUUUGGUCGUAGGGAACACCUUACUAAUCAUCAAAGGAUCCAUACAGGGGAGAAGCCAUUUCAGUGCCAGCAGUGUGGAAAAAGCUUUAAUCGGAGCUCAGCCCUUUCCUCCCAUCAAAGAAUCCACACAGGAGAGAAAGCAUAUCAAUGCCUGGAGUGUGGAAAGAGCUUCCAUGACAGCUCAGAUCUUACUAAACAUCUACGAGUGCAUACAGGAGAGAAGCCAUUUAAGUGCUUGGAGUGCGGAAAGAGUUUUACUCAGAAGGCAGCCCUCAACAUACAUCAAAAAAUCCACAAAGGAGAAAAGCUAUAUACGUGCCAGGAGUGUGGAAAAGGUUUCAUAAACAAGGCCCAACUUUCCAGCCAUAACAGAAUCCACACAGGGGAGAAACCAUAUACAUGCCUGAAUUGUGGGAAAAGCUUCAGCCAUAGCUCAGCCCUUAAAAACCAUGAAAGAAUCCAUACAGGAGAGAAGCCCUAUACAUGUUCAGAGUGUGGAAAAAGUUUCAGAUGUAGUUCAGAUCUCUUUACCCAUCAGAAGACCCACAAAGGUGAGAAACCACAUAAAUGCCAGGUGUGUGGAAAGAGCUUCAGUCGUAGUGACCAUCUUCGUACCCACCAAAGAAUACACACAGGAGAGAAACCAUUUAAAUGUACAGAGUGUGGGAAAAGCUUCUCAAGUAGUACACACCUUGCUACCCAUAAUAGAAUCCAUACAGGAGAGAAACCAUUUAAAUGUAUGGAGUGUGGCAAGAGCUUCAGAAGUGGUACACAGCUUGCUACCCAUCAAAGAAUCCACACAGGAGAGAAGCCAUUUAAAUGCCAGGAGUGUGGGAAAAGCUUCACUCAGAGAGCUAACCUUAUUAGACACAGAAGAAACCACACAGGAGAAAAACCAUUUAAAUGUCAGGAGUGUGGAAUGGGUUUUGCAGACAGGAGAAGCCUCAUUUCACAUCAAAAACUCCACAAGUCAGAUAAAGUAUGAGGCUUUUCUCAUGACCAGCCUUAACCUGACUGGGCUGCCCCAAGCAGGGAUAGGCUAGUCGUGAGAAGCAGUGGCAUCCUGACGGAUCCCUCCGCUCCCCUCCCACAUAAUCCCACUAAUAACCCUGGCUUUUUGCUGAGGUUAAGGGUGCUCCUGUACCCUUUACCUGGCUAAAAGGAAUCACGUGACUCCUCAGGUUUCUUGCAGCCCAAGGAAUCACAGAAACCCGUGUAUAGAACACCCUUUGGAGGGGGCGGAAAUCCCCGAUGCAAUGUGCGUGCCCGGCCUUGCAUUGAAGGAUGCCUGGAGGCUGGAACAAGAAGUUGUGGCUCUAGGAUUCCUCAGCCCUGCUCUGUGCUUCACGGAGCUGCACAGAGCAGGGUUGUCCAUGUGGGUGCACGGUAGACUGACCAUUUACGGCCUUAACCUGGCAGUAUAUCAGUUGAACCGUUUUGCCCGGUUCACACAAUCAUUCCUAUCCAGCUUUAAUGUGGGCUACUUCUUUUAGUGUGAAUGUGUGAACCCACGCCAAGGAGGCAUUCUCAGAUUCAUUGGGGGCCAUAAACUACCUUGGCAUGGCUUCACACAAUCAUGCUGAUUUCAGGGACCCAUGCUAACUCUAGAUUCAAAUGAUUGUGCAGAUCAGGCCACUGGGGCGUGCUUCAAGGUACUUCAGUGAUCUAGGGCUUGGGCCCACAGGGCUUGGCUCAUGCCCACAGCCUCCCCUCCUGCACAUUUUGAUAAUUAACCCUUUUCAUGCUCUCUAAAGCGAUCCACACCCUCUUCCAUUUUUUGAAGCCAUUAAUCAGCAGGACGUCCUUGAUAUAGUUGGUGUGUUCUUGCCCCCCGUACUUGCUUUAUUUCCACAUUACUUUCCCUUCUUCAGUCCCUAUUCUUACAGCAGCCUUGACACUGCAUGUAGCCGGGAUUGACUGGGCAUUAGUAUCUCACCCCUCAACCUCUAUUUUUGAUUUCACCACGGAGGGUUUUUGUUGGGGUGGAUAAGCCAUACUUUUGGGGCAGGCUACCCAGCUGCCGCUCCUGGGACAUCUCCAUCACCUCCUCCACUGAGCCCGUCAACUGGAUUGCUGCUGAAAGAUGGCCACUUCCCACCUCCUCCACUAUGUCCAAGAAGUGGGUUUCCAUUGGCAUGAGCCCUCCCCCCCCACUCAUCUGCUAGGAUGUCGCUGGGUGUGAGGGCCAGUUGGUACCCCCUCCACCAUGCUCAGCAGCACAAGGGCUCCCCACCAUUCCCUCCACCAUGCCCAGCAUCUGGGUUGGCACUGGGAAUGAAGGCCCACUCCACUUAGUUGCCCACUCCACCAGGCCUGACCACUGCAGAGCCACCUGUAGUGAACCUUCCAGACGUCGGCCAUGUGAUAUGGAUGGUCUUCUUCCCGAAUUAGGUGAAGGACAAAACUAAUCUCUGAGAACAAGAACAAGGUCCUAAGAACCACACAGCAGGGACCUUGGCUCUGAUUUUUAACCUCCAUUUAAUGUAUUUAUUGUUAAAUUUUUAUAUUGCCCUUCAUUAAAACCAUCUCAAGGCGGUUUACAAACAUUUAAAACAAGACUAUAAAACAAUGCGCACAAUAAAAAUAUUGAAUUGGAAUAUAAAAAUACAAAUCUAAUAAAAAGUUUAAAAAACAAACACAAUAGGCCCAUAAAAUACAAAACACCAAAAACAACACUCCUAUAAAAUAACACCAUUAUAGCAGUCUACAUGUUCCAGGGCAGCCUCCACCAUAAUACUAGCGUGUGGGCAGUGCUUGGGAAUCGUGUGUGUGAGAUUUCCUUGGCUGCCCUUCUUGGGAACUUCCCGAUAGCAUGUGGCUGAGCACUCAGGAUAACCGGAUGCUGGGCACUUCAUGCCUGGUGUCCAAUUCAUUACAAGGGAGUAAUUGCUAUUGAACUCCAUGGGACUUGCUUCUGAAUGAAAGGGGAACAAUUGAACAACCCCCGAGAAAUCACUUUGUUGGGGGGGGGGAUAACGGGGGUAUCCUUUUAAAAAUGUGAGUGAGAAACAAUGUGAAAAUACUUUAAUGUAACCUGCUAGUCUAUUUAAAACAAGAGUGCAAAUAAUUCCUUUUCUCCUGCUUUGUAAAGAAUACAUCACGGAAGAGAUUAAGCAGAAGCCUACAGCUUAAAGGGGAGAAAUGGACUCUGUAUAUGUUCAGACGGGCUGUGCCCCUUGUUGAAGGCUCUAAAUUUCUAGAUAGCAGGGAAAGAAAAAGUGACAGGCACCAGUAAGGGUCAUUAAAACAUGGCAUUGCUUUAUUAAGAGAAAUGGAGAGCUCAGGCCAGAGGAGCAGCUGAUACUGUCAGCCCUGAGGGGCAAGCUCUGGUCUGAGAUAGUGGUUGAGCCGCCCUUCCUCCAAUUCCCAAGGCCCAGGGAAGACCCACAAGUCCUGAGGGAGGGAGGGAGGGAAGGAGGCAGGGUCAUGACUUCGGGAUCUCCACCCCCAGCUCCUUUUAAAGUUACAAACCUAAGAAUUGGGUGCUUGCCCACUAGGCACCUGUAAAACUCAGUAUAUGUUACAUAUACGAGAGCCAGCGUGGUGUAGUGGUUAGAGUGCUGGACUAGGACCAGGGAGACUCGAGUUCAAAUCCCCGUUCAGCCAUGAUACUACCUGGCUGACCCUGGGCCAGUCGCUUCUCUCUCAGCCUAACCUACUUCACAGGGUUGUGAGGAGAAACCUAAGUAUGUAGUACACCACUCUGAGAUCCUUGGAGGAAGAGCGGGAUAUAAAUGUAAAUAAUAAUAAUAAUAAUAAUACUUGCACAAUAUAAGUGGAAAAUCAGACAUCACCAAGACCUGGCAAUGGCUUAAGAAUGGCAACUUGAAGAAAGAAACAGAGGGUUUAAUACUGGCUGCACAAGAACAGGCACUAAGAACAAAUGCAAUAAGAGCAAAAGUCCAAAAAUCCUCAACAAACAGCAAGUGCCGCCUUUGUAAAGAAGCAGAUGCAACAGUGGACCACCUCAUCAGCUGUUGUAAAACGUCACACAGACUGACUACAAACAAAGGCAUGACAAGGUAGCAGGGAUGAUACAGUGGAACAUCUGCAAAAAAUACAAGCUACCUGUAGCCAAAAAUGGGUGGGACCAUAAAAUUGAAAAAGUUGAAGAAAAUGAAGAUGCAAAAAUAUUAUGGGACUUCCGACUACAAAUGCACACGCAGAAGGCUUCCUAAAGACUUUUGCAGACGGCAGGGAAGGGGGCGGGAGGACAUCCCCCUGCCGCCCGCCCGUUUCUAGAGAGCGAGCGGUCGGGUCCGGGGCGAGAUUUAAGGGGGCGGCAGGGGGCUUCAAGGGGGCGGCAGCAGCAGGGUCUUCAAGGGGGCGGCAGGGAAGUAUCCUGCCACCCGAUUUUUUUACCACGGAGGAGCCAUCGUCGUUGAUUGAAGUGGGCGGCGAGGGAUCCUGCCGCCGGGAUUUUUACAAUAAUUACGGCGCCAAAGGUGGAAAGCACGGGAGGGUUAAGUAAAGCCCCCCCCCCGCCCUUAAUGGAUCCCCCCACCCUACCCUUCUGAACCCCGAACCGCCCAUGUCCAGACCGAUCUGGAGGCCAGUAGAAUGGCCUCCAAACCAGUCCGUGCACAUUCCUAAUUGAAAUUGAAAGGCUGUGGCAGAAAAAAACCAAAAUAAUCCCAGUGGUAAUUGGCGCCCUGGGUGCAGUUCCAAAAGACCUUGAAGAGCACCUCAACACCAUAGGGGCCACAGAAAGCACCAUCAGCCAAUUACAAAAAGCAGCUUUACUGGGAACAGCCUAUAUUCUGCGACGAUAUCUAUAACAACAGCAACAACAUUGACAAUAAAAUCCAGCCAUCCCAGGUCCUUGGGAAGGACUCGAUGUCUGGAUAAAACUUAACAAACCAGUCAAUAACACCUGUCUGACUGUGUGAACAAGAAAUAAUAAUAAUAAUAAUAAAUACAAUUAUUAUUCAAAAGUUGCAUUUGAACACAAGGCUUUCCUCAGGAAGAAAAAAGUUUUUUCUUAGCAAGAUUCAGAGCAGAAGGUUUUCCUUAGGAGGAAUGAUUAGUAAAAACCUUAACAGCAAGAGGAACGAUGUCUUUAUUUUAAACUAUAUAGAAGCAGAACAUUGCAUAUUCAAAAUUGUUUGGAUGGAAUAUCAAGAGAAACUUAUAAUCAACAUGGAGAUGUUUUAAAGAAAUAUUUAUGGAGUUUCAAGAAGGAUAUCUCAUUGAUUGUCAUGACACCAACUUGUAGUCUCGAUUGAUUGAUUAAGUGCCAUCAUGUUGGUGUCAACUCUUAGUGACCACAUAGACAGAUUCUCUCUAUUACAAUUAAAAGACCAAAUUUACGAGUAUAGUUUUGAUUUAAAAAUAUUUUUUUAUGUAUGCAUAUUUGUACAGAUUUUAACAGCGCCAAUGAUUAUAGUCUAUGAGUGAGAUUGAUGUUUAAGAACCAACUAUGCUUUACAACUUAUUGUGCAGGUUUGAUUAAAUAAGGUACUUAAUUUUUUAAGAUUUGUAUAUCAAGAUUUUUAUCUUAUUUGGGGUUCUUUUUGUAUCAUCAGCCAUCUCUUUAGGAGGAACCAGAGAACAGACUAUUGAUAAGCCAAUACAUUAACUCUUUCCAAUAUGAGGCCUUUGAACCUGAUUGCUGUUUUACAUAUGGUUAUCUAUCUAAUAAUUAUUUUGUUGUUUCAAUAGCUUGUUACUGUAGUUAUUACUCUUCUUAAAUGAACAUUUAUUGUGAAACAAUUCAGAGGUAGAAGGCUUUCCUCAGGAGAAUACAGAGAGCAGCCUGGAUUAAGGCCUAUUGUGAAGAAUCCUAUAUAUUAACUGUUUCAGCUGAUGGGAAUAAACAUCUCAACAUCAUCCUGAAGGGAUCUGAUUCAAGCAGGAGAACUGCGAGAUUUAUUAGAUAUUUCUGAGAAGACAAUCCUUAGUUUCGGACUCUGUCUAAUUAGAGCAGUAGCUCUAAUUGUGUUUUUCACAGACCAUUACUGUUUGGUUUUUGUGGUUUUUUUUUAAAGAAAGAAGUGAAUUACAAAUUUGCAUUGUGUAAAUAAUGCCCGUUUUUAAAAAAUUGCUUCCUCAUUCACUGUUGCAGCAAAACUGCUGAGAAUUACAAGGUGGGCUCACAUUGUCACUGUAACUAAAACAGCUAAUUUCAUUUAAUGUUUAAA